AAGUGGAUUUGCCUCUGUGUUUUUACCCCGCAUGUCACCCCACUAGCGACCAUCCAUCGACUCAGCUUUACUUUGUCGCCAUCAACGAGAUACAGUUCGCCGGAAUCAUGUGCCAUCUCCGGCAAUUCAUUCGCUUCAUCUUACUUGCUUUCGCUCUCUACACUUCUCUUCAGGCUCAGGUUCAGGCUCAGGAAAAUCUCUCCUUAACAACCAGACCCACUUCCCCUUUCUCGAUCUCACUCGAAACCCUUCAAAAUCAAAUCCAGUACACAUUUCAGGAUGUGGAGUUACUACGACGUGCCCUGACGCAUGCAUCAUACUCAGGAGAGAACAACAGAGCUUUGAGCGUUUUGGGAGAGAAGGUAAUUGAAGGUUCGGUGUCUCUGCAAUUGCUUAGCAAGGACAUCGAUAUAUCACCCAAGGAUCUCAGCCGGGUUAUUAUGGAUCUGUCUUCCAAUGUGGUGACAUCAUGCGCUGCUGACGGAGGGCGCUUAGGUUUGCAGAAGAUAAUCAGGGUUUCUAGGAAGACCAAUUCGUCGGCUCCUGCAGUGGUUUGUGGUGCUUUCCGGGCAAUGUUCGGAGCAAUUGCGAUUGACAAGAGUAACUUGGACAGUGCGGGGAAGGUAUUCUUGACAAUUCAUGGGAAAGGCAUGCAGAAAGCUAUGGCAAUGUAAGUAUUCAACUGAUGUUGAUAUAUUUCUAGUCAGAGGGAACUUUGUGUAUUAGUAUGUGUUGAAGAGUAUCCACUCUGUUUUUAGCUUUGUAUGCGCUGUGUAACUAGUUGACUUUGUAAGACUUAAACUAUGUUGUGUAUCUAAAUCAUUUGUGUGCACUGCAAGUGAAAUCUUUUUCUUUAUAA